GAAUCGUUGUCGGAUAAUAUAAAGGCGCUUUGGCAGUUAUCACGACCAGUCCACGGGCUUAGUCCGCGCAGUGUCUAUGUGAUUAGUGAAACGUUACUGUGAAAUACUAGAGAAUGCCACCGCAAGGGCAUCAGGCAGACUCGUGGGUCCUGUUCGAGUCGGACGCGGACAAAGCCGGAGAGCCGGUCGUCGUCCAGCCGAAGGCGGAGAAGCGGAAGUGGGAGAUCGUGUGGCGGAACGUGACACUGUUCGCGCUGCUGCACAUCGGCGGGGUAUACGGCGCUUACCUGUUCCUGACCAAGGCUAUGUGGAGGACGUCCUUGUUUGCUGUGGUACUGUAUCUGUGCUCGGGUCUGGGCAUCACGGCAGGCGCUCACAGGUUAUGGGCCCACAAGUCCUACAAGGCGCGCCUGCCUCUGAGGCUACUUCUCACGUUAUUCAACACUAUAGCAUUCCAGGACUCCGUGUUGGACUGGGCCCGCGACCACCGCAUGCACCACAAGUACUCGGAGACAGACGCGGACCCCCACAACGCAACCAGGGGGUUCUUCUUCUCACACGUAGGCUGGCUGCUGGUGAGGAAGCACCCGGAGAUCAAGGCCAAGGGCCAUACUAUCGACCUGAGCGAUCUCAAGGCUGAUCCCGUGCUACGCUUCCAGAAGAAAUACUAUCUAUACCUGAUGCCUCUCUGCUGCUUCAUCCUGCCCACCUACAUCCCCACUCUCUGGGGUGAAUCCGUCUGGAACGCGUACUUCGUCUGCGCUAUCUUCCGAUACGUCUACGUCCUUAACGUGACGUGGCUGGUCAACUCCGCCGCCCACCUGUGGGGCAGCAAGCCCUACGAUAAGAACAUCAACCCGGUCGAAACCAAGCCCGUCUCGCUGGUGGUUUUGGGCGAAGGUUUCCACAACUACCACCAUACCUUCCCUUGGGACUACAAAACGGCGGAGCUGGGUGAAUACUCACUUAACCUAUCCAAGCUCUUUAUCGAUGGCAUGGCGAAGAUCGGAUGGGCAUACGACCUGAAGACUGUCUCACCUGACAUCAUAGAGAAGAGAGUGAAAAGGACGGGAGACGGGUCGCACGAGCGGUUCCACGCCGAGGCCAAAGAAGAGAAGUCGCCGUAGAGUUUUAGGGAAUAUAAUUCUGUAAUCUCUUCGACGAUAGAGGGCGUUACCACUAUCCUUAGGAUGCGUUCAGACUACGACAUACACAGAAUACGCAAAGUGUACAAGUAAUUAUUGUGAAUAUUAUGACACGAGUCAAAGAGGCUUUAGCCAAGUUCAUAAUGGUUAUGAAGACACUUAGCGAUGUAUAUUGUCAAAACUUUUGUUUCAGAACUUCGUCGUCGCGAUUAGCGAUGACAACUUGGGUAGAGGUUCCGAAAUCGAGUUUUUCUUUGUAGUCUGAACGUACCAUUAGAUUAUAGAAUUUCACCAUAUCAGGGACGCGUGAGGUCGAGAGUUUUGGGUAAAUU